AUGUGUCUGUGCAAGUGAUGCAGUACCUGGUAAAAAUUCCCCUUACUCCACUAUAAGAGGAGGCAGGAUGGAGACACAGAGGCACAUCUCUCCAAGGACUGUUCAUCACAGUAACAGACACACAGCUCUCCCACCAGACCCACAAUGAUGAAGAUGCUGCUCAGCUGCUCUUUCUGCCUGGUCCUCCUGCUCAGCUGCCUGAGUGAACUUGGGGAGAGCCGAACCCUGAGUUUGGCCAGCUGCUCUGUCAACGUUCACAUAAACGAACUGCGAAAAUAUUACAAUAGCAUACGAUCAGAUGCGAUAGAAGGAGACACUACAAUCGGAGUGAAACUUCUGGACAAAUCAUUGAUAAAGCAUGUUCAGGAUGGUCAGACGUGUUGUUUCAUGCGUCUUGUGCUACGUUUCUACGUUGAGAGAGUGUUCAGCAACUAUGCCUCUGCUCAGCCCCAGCAUCAAAGCUGCUCCAGCGCUCUGGCCAAUGCUUUUGUCACCAUCAGAAAAGAUAUUCAUAGAUGUCAUUGCCACUGUGAAGAGGACACACAGAAAAAAAUUGACUUCCUGCAUGCUGAGUUUAUCAAGCUAGACAUAAACCAGGCGGCACAGAAGGCCGUGGGAGAACUGGACACUGUGCUGGAGUGGCUGGAGGGACUCGGAAGAAGUGCAUUGCACUUUGGUGUUGCCAAAAAAAGAGCUGCACGGAGGGAUUAUAUUCUUUUUGAUUAA